AUGGUCCGUAAACAUAGUGAUAUAACUCCAGUUGCAAGAUUUACUAUCGGUGAUAAGUUGGUCAAUAAGCAAUUCGCAGAAAAGCUGAUAGAAGAGGUUCCCCCGAUCGCUUGCAAAGAAAAUAUAAUCAGUUGCGACGGUGGUGGUGGUGCACUUGGGCAUCCUAAAGUAUACAUCAACUUGGACCAACCAGGUAAUCAUACUUGCGGGUACUGUGGUUUGCGAUUUUACCUAGACAAAAAAAGCCACUGA